UACCCACCAUCCCAAAAUCGCAGCUUCAUUUUCCUCCGAACAACACGUAGCUUCUUUAAAGAACGGGUGUAAUUAUCAAAACUAUCCUCCGCGAAACUUCACACCGUCGAAGCUAGAAGUACCUCAGUGCAGAGAGAGAGAGAGAGAGCGGCGAGAGAGGGAGAGAGAAUGGUACACGCGAAGACGGACUCAGAGGUGACGAGCAUCGCGCCAUCGUCGCCGACAAGAUCGCCGCGCCGGCCGGUGUACUACGUGCAGAGCCCUUCCCGCGACUCCCACGAUGGCGAGAAGACGACGGUUUCGUUCCACUCAACUCCGGUGCUCAGCCCAACCGCUUCUCCUCCGCACUCCCAUUCCUCCGUCGGGCACCACUCCCGCGAAUCCUCCUCCACCCGCUUCUCCGGCUCUCUCAAACCCGGAGCCUCCCGCAAAGUCACCCCCGACGGCGCCGCCGUCGCCGGCCGCCAUAAAUCCGAUAAACCCUGGAAGGACAGCGAUGUCAUUGAAGAAGAAGGUCUACUCGAUGACGACGAAGAUCGUCCUCACGGCGUCAUUCCUCGUCGCUGCUAUUGCCCCCUCUUCGUCCUCGCCUUCGCCCUUCUUUUCUCCUUCUUUGCCCUGAUCCUCUGGGGAGCCAGCCAUUCCCAACGCCCCGAGGUUUCCAUGAAGAGCAUAACGUUCGAGAAUUUCAUGAUUUCGGCUGGAACGGACGCGUCGCUGGUGCCGACCAAUUUGGCGACUCUGAAUUCAACCGUGAAGAUGAGCUUUCGAAAUACCGGGACAUUUUUCGGCGUUCAUGUAACUUCAACCCCUCUCGAUCUAUCUUAUUACGAGCUCUCGCUCGCCAUCGGAACAGUUAAGGAAUUCUAUCAAUCGAGGAAGAGUAUGAGGAACCUAAAUGUAGUGGUUUCUGGCAACAAGAUUCCUCUAUACGGCGGAUCUGCGAGUCUCAGCGCGCCAGCGGCCGGAAAUAAUGUAGCGGCGACGGCAUCGGCG